AUAUCUGAAGUGAGAGAGCUAAGCUACUACAAAAUAGUCUCCCCUAUUCAAGAACAUAAAGUCCAAAACUUUCUAUUUCUGUCCGCAACUCUCUCUCUGAUCUUCAAGCGUCUCUCUUUUUCCUAUUCCAACUCAAAAAGACUCCAAUCCUCCUCUAUAAAUCCCUUUUUCUAGGGUUUUGAUGCUCACCAAACGCAAACCCGACCCGCAACCCAUGGAGCCCCUCCCGCUCUUCCAAAACGUCGCCGUUUCCGACCGCGCCUCCCUCUUCCUCCGCAAGGUCCACCUCUGCUCCUCCCUCUGCGACUUCUCCACCCCCUUAACCUCCGCCCCCCAAAUCGAGCUGAAGCGCCAAACCCUACUCGAGCUCGUCGACUUCCUCGACUCCUCCUCCGGCAAGCUCGCCCCUAACCUCCACGAAGACUUCAUCCGCAUGGUCUCCGUCAACCUCUUCCGCUGCCUCCCGCCCUCCUCCGACCUCGGCGACCUCGACGACGACGAGCCCUACCAGGAGCCCUCCUGGCCCCACCUCCAAAUCGUCUACGAGCUUCUCCUCAGGUACAUUGCUUCCUCCGAAACCGACGCCAAGUUCGCCAAGCGCUUCAUUGAUCACAUCUUUGUGUUAAGACUCAUCGAGCUUUUCGACUCCGAAGACCCGAGGGAGAGGGAGUACCUGAAAACGCUUCUGCAUAGGAUAUAUGGCAAGUUCAUGGUGCAUAGGCCGUUUAUUAGGAAGGCCAUGAACAAUGUGUUCUAUAGGUUCAUUUUCGAGACGCAGAGGCAUUGCGGGAUUGGGGAGUUGUUGGAGAUUCUGGGGAGUAUUAUCAAUGGUUUCGCGUUGCCGAUGAAAGAGGAGCAUAAGUUGCUCCUGAUCAGGGCGCUUAUUCCGCUGCAUAAGCCUAAGGGGUUUUGGGCAUAUCAUCACCAGUUGGCGUAUUGUAUUAUACAGUUUGUUGAUAAGGAUUAUCAUCUUGCGGAAUUGGUGAUCAGAGGGCUGUUGAAGUAUUGGCCGGUCACGAAUUGUCAGAAGGAGGUUCUGUUUCUUGCGGAGCUGGAAGAGGUUUUGGAGGCUACUCCUGCUUCGGAGUUCCAGAGGUGUAUGCUGCCGCUGUUUAGACAGAUUGGACGGUGCCUCACUAGCUCGCAUUUCCAGGUUGCCCAACAAGCUCUAUACUUGUUUAACAGCGAGCACGUUGUAAAUUUAAUAGCUCAGAACCGGAACGUGAUAUUACCAGUAAUAUUUGACGCGUUAGAGAAGAACACGCAAGGUCACUGGAACCAAGGUAUACAUGAUCUGACGACCAACGUGCGAAGGAUAUUCCAGGAAAUGGACUCAGAAUUGUUCAAAGAGUGCCAGGAGCAAUACUUAGAGAAAGUAACCAGGGCCAGAUCAUUGGAAGAGCAGCGGGAAUUGACAUGGAAGAAAAUAGAGACAGUCGCGGCAACUGCAGGGGCCGAUGAUAUGGUUUUGGUUAAUUAAUUAAAUAUAUGACUGAAAUAGCAAAAUUUUCCACCUAGGUGGCUAUUUUUUACCCAAACUUGUUCCAAUAUCGAUUCCUAUCAAGGCCAUAACUUGGAACUUGAGAAGGAGAAAAUGUAGAUAUUGUAGCAAGGUGUAAUAUAGAUAUUGAUUUUGUUUUCUUGAUAAGUUUA